AUGGUGGCCGCGAUAGCCUCCGGAAUACAAUUCGGGUGGGCGUUACAGCUUUCCCUUCUGACUCCAUAUGUGCAGCUACUUGGCAUACCCCACAAAUGGGCCGCCUUCAUCUGGCUAUGUGGCCCCGUUUCGGGCAUGCUUGUGCAGCCUGUUGUUGGCUAUUACAGUGACAACUGUUCCUCCUGGUUUGGUCGCCGCCGCCCCUUUAUCGCGGCUGGGUCUGCCCUAGUCUCCAUAGCAGUCUUCCUUAUUGGAUUUGCUGCUGAUCUUGGCCACUCCUCCGGUGACCCCCUCGGAAAUUCCCCUAAGCCCCGGGCUAUUGCUGUUUUUGUCGUUGGCUUUUGGGUCCUUGAUGUGGCCAACAACAUGUUGCAGGGUCCUUGUAGAGCAUUCUUGGCUGAUCUUUCGGGUGGCAAUGCACGCAGAAUGUCAACGGCGAAUGCAUUAUUCUCCUUUUUCAUGGCUGUGGGCAAUGUGUUGGGGUAUGCUGCAGGUUCAUACACUCACCUCUACAAAAUGUUUCCAUUCUCAAAAACAAAAGCUUGUGAUGUGUACUGCGCAAAUCUGAAGAGCUGUUUUUUCCUUUCAAUAGCCCUUUUAAUUACCCUUACAGUACUGGCUUUAUCAAUGGUACAUGAAAAGGCCACCGGCACCACGCCUUCAACGGGCGAGCAAACUGGUGGCGUAGUGGAGUGUAGUAAAAAGGAAGGUGGGAUACCUGUUUUAGGGGAAUUAUUUGCUGCUUUAAAGGAUUUGCCUAGGCCUAUGUGGAUUUUAAUGUUGGUGACUUGUUUGAAUUGGGUUGCUUGGUUCCCAUUCUUGUUGUUUGACACUGAUUGGAUGGGGAAGGAGGUUUUCGGCGGAAAGGUGGGGGACAAUGGGUUGUAUGACCGCGGAGUGCGGGCCGGUGCACUCGGUUUGAUGCUCAACUCGGUGGUGUUGGGAUUCACCUCCUUAGGAGUCGAGUUUUCUGGGCGGCGGCUUGGUGGGGCGAAGAGACUUUGGGGUAUUGUCAACUUCUUGCUGGCCGUUUGCUUGGUUAUGACGGUUUUGAUCACGAAAUUGGCCGAGUCUACACGACGAUACACCACUACUAGUGGUGGUGGCACCACCGCUUUGAAACCGGAGGCCGGUGUCGUUGCGGGGGCUUUGACUCUCUUUGCAGUUCUUGGCAUUCCUCAAGCUGUGACUUUUAGUAUUCCAUUUGCUUUGGCUUCCAUAUUUUCUAGUGAGCAUGGUGCAGGACAAGGUCUUUCACUGGGAGUUCUAAAUCUUGCCAUUGUCAUACCCCAGAUGGUGGUGUCGGUUGUGAGCGGACCAUGGGAUGAAUGGUUUGGAGGCGGUAACUUACCGGCGUUCAUUGCGGGGGCUGUGGCAGCUGCGGCCAGCGGCAUUGUUGCCUUAACUAUGCUCCCGUCUCCUGAUAUAUCAUCAUUCAAGACUGUGACUAAUGUUGUCGCAUCUCAUUGA